AUGGAUUCAACUCCGGAUUUGACAAAAGUCGACCUAAUGGCCAUUGUUCUACGUUACUGCACGUCAACAGGUGUGGAAGAAAGACUUCUAGGAUUUUUUCCCAUUAAAGAUCAUCAUGGCCAAUCUAUGUAUAAGGUAUUACAUGACUUUCUUGAAAAAAGUAAAUUAAACAUUAUGAACAUCAGGGGUCAAUCUUAUGACAACGCCUCAAACAUGAGUGGUCAAUUUAAAGGGCUUCAAGCUUAUGUCAAAAAUAAAAAUCCAUUAGCUGUGUUUAUACCUUGUACAGCUCAUUCGUUAAACCUAGUUGGAAUAAAUAGUGUAAAUUGUUGUACUGAAGCUGUCAAUUUUUUUGAUUUUGUACAUAAAUUGUAUAACUUCUUUAGUGGGUCAACUCACAGGUGGAAUAUACUUAUUAACAUAUUGAAAAAAGAAGAAAAAAAUAGUGUCAAAGAAAAUUCUAGGCGACUUCUUACACUUAAAUCCUUAAGUGACACUAGAUGGUCUUGUCAUGUAGAAGCAUGUAAAGCAAUAGUUGUAAAUUAUGAACAAAUUUUGACUGCGUUAAAAAGUAUGUAUGAUGGUGAAGAAAAUAAUGUUACAACUAUAGAUGCUAAAUCGUUAUGGAAGAAAAUGGUUAAAAGAGAAACUGGAUAUAUGUCAUUACUUUGGAAUGACAUCAUGGAAAUAAGUAACAAAACUUCAACUGAAUUACAACAUUCAAACUGUGAUACAAUGAAGGCGAUCAACUUGUUAAAAUCACUAAAGAUUUAUGUGUUAAGUGUACGAGACUCAAAUUCAAUUUAUCAAGAAAAAAUACCUAAUCUUAGUUCUGAAAUUACUAUUUACUACUCAGAUGAAAAGCAAAGAAAAAAAAGAAAAAAAUUCCCUGAUGGUAGCAAAAAUGAAGAAGUGUUAAAAGGAAAAAACAAAUUUCGUGUACAGACUCAAUUAUUUAUUAUUGAUAAAUUUGUUUCAGAAUUAAACAAAAGAAUUUCAGCUUAUGAAUAUAUUGAUUCUACUUUACCAAACGAACUUGUACAAUUUAGAGAAUACUGGAGGCUUUGUCAACCUUCUUUUGAUCCAGUUGACAUUCCCAAACUAUUUGACUGGUUUAGUAAUCAAUCACUCGAAGAGGUAUUUCCUUGUAUAUUUACUUCUUUAAAAAUAUAUUUGACAAUUCCUGUAGCUAAUUGCUCGGCUGAGAGAGCUUUUUCUAAAUUAACUAGAGUUAAAAAUAAGUAUAGAACCAGUCAAACCCAAGAAAACUUAGAUAUACAAAUGAUUUUAUAUUCAGAGAAUGAUUUGUUAAAAUCAUUAGACUUAAAUGAUGUACUAAGAGAGUUGGCUUCAAAUAGGGCUUAUAUUGCAGAAACUUCUUAUGAUUAUGGUAUGCUUUCAAAUUAUAUUCAUGAGAAUGAGCCGAAGUUAACAAACGAUCAGCAAGUUUUUUAUAAUACUAUUUUAGAAAGCGUAUUGCAAGAUACUGGAGAAUUAAUUUUUCUUGAUGCUCCUGGUGGAACUGGCAAGACCUUCAUGCUGAAUCUCUUGCUUGCAAAGCUACGUGCAGAAAGAAUAAUUUCAUUAGCAGUCGCUUCUUCCUGA